AUGCGGUGGCUGUGCUAUUCGGCGUUGCUGUGCGAGUCCAACCGGCCGGCGAGGGCGGCAGCAGGCGAACGGCACAGCGUCUUCAUCGACGGCGAGGGGCGGCUGUCGUCGUGCGGGUCAGUGGCAACGGAGGGCGAGGAGGAGGAGGAGGAGGAGGAGGAGGAGGCAUUACCAGGCCCUCUCGGCCACGGCGAGGGCGUGCCGCGGCUCAACACGCCGACCCGCCUGCCGUCCACGCUGGAUGACGUGCGCGCCGUGAGCGUGGCAGCUGGAGGCGACCACAGCCUCGCCCUCACCGCUGACAGCGCUGUCUGGAGCUGGGGCUUCGGUUGGAACGGCCGACUGGGCCACGGCGACGAGCAGGACCAUUCGCAGCCGAAGAAGAUCGAGGCCUUGGCGGGGCGGCGCGUCGUUGCUGUCUCGGCUGGAGACUUCCACAGCCUCGCCCUCACCGUCGAUGGCGCCGUCUGGAGCUGGGGCCGCGGAGUCUACGGCCAGCUUGGCCACGGCGACCAGCAGAACCAGCUCCUGCCGAAGAAGGUCGAGGCCUUUGCUGGCCAGCGCGUCGUCGCUGUGUCGGCUGGAGGCGACCACAGCCUCGCCCUCACCGCCGACGGCUCCGUCUGGAGCUGGGGCAGUGGAGACUACGGCAAGCUGGGCCACGGCGACCAGCAGCGCCAGCUGCUGCCGAAGAAGCACGGGACGGUUCUGACGUUCGGGAACGGUGAUGACGGACAGCUGGGGCACGGCAAUACCAACAAUCUGUGGUUGCCCACGCCGAUCCCGGCGCUCGUCGCCCGCGCCAUCUCGGCGGGUGAACAUCACAGCCUGGCGCUGUCGAGGGACGGCUCCGUCUUCGCGUUCGGCAACAACGCCAACGGACAGCUCGGCCUCGGAGACCGAGAGGACAGGCUCACGCCCACACGCAUCCCAGGGCUGCCGGCGGUGAAGGCGGUGUCGGCCGGUGCAGACCACAGCCUCGUCGUGACCUGCGGCGGGGCUGUCUAUUCGUUCGGGGAUGGCGACAUGGGCCAGCUAGGCCACGGCCUAGCUGAAGUUUUCCUUCUACAGCCGACGGAGGUCGAGGCGCUGCGUGGCGUCGGGGCAUGCAUGGUGGUGGCAGGUUACUUCCACUCUCUCAUCGGAGCAAGUGAUGGCCGCGCCUUUGGCUUUGGCUGCGGGGAGGACGAGAGGCUCGGCCUCGGCCUUACUGCAGACCAGACAUCGCCGCUCGAGUACCCGCAUCUCAAGGUCGCCGUCUCUCCGAUCCUGAACCUGGACGAGACAGCUUUCAUGGCAGAAGGUGGAGGACCACCCCACGAGAGGAAGGAGUGUCUUGAUUAG